UGUGGAAGGGGCGUGUCCGAGCGACUGACCACGCCCCUUUCUCCCCCCAAAAUAAGCUCCGCCCUCCAAGGGGCCUCCACCCACAAGGCCGUGGGGGGGGAGGGGCACCCCCUGCUCCGGCGCUACUACGAGUCCAGGCCCCUCCUGUUCCUGCUCUGCGCCGGCAACGAGGGGUUUUAUUGCUGCCUCUACCUGCUCAGCUUCGGGGAGGGACCCCCAGUGUUCCCGGGAGGCCCCGGCCUGGCCCGGGUCGGUCUCUGGCUCUCGGCCCCUUUGGCCGCUCUGAAGGUGCUGCUGAACCUGCUGCAGUUGGGCGGGGCCCUGAGGGGCGUGGCCGCCCUGGACGAGGCCGAGAGGGCCAAGAGGGGCUGAGGGACCCCCCCCCAAAACCCCCUCCCCCCACCCCCACCCCAAAAACACCCCAAAAUCCCCCC